AUGGCUAAUCUGCGACUGGGGACGGCCUUUUCCGGGCUCGUGUUGACCCUCCUCGUGUUUAUGCAGUUGCUGGCAGUGGCUCGAUAUAAUGAUCGAGUCCCCGUCGGCACUUUCGAUCGCAACUUCAACCAGUGGAGGAGCAGAGCCAAUGCAGCUGCAGACGACGGUUUAUUCUUGAUGGGCGCGGGCAAAGCUGAUGUGACUGGCCCCGUCGUCGAGGUGGAUUUCAACGGUUAUGCCAGCUUGGAUCAAUUGGGCACUGGUCUGCGACAGAGAAUUUAUUCUCGUGCAUUCAUUUUUGCCGAUCCCAAUAAACCCGAGGACACCUUUGUCUACCUGGUCCUCGAUACCCUUGCGGGUGACACCGCUGUACGACAUGGAGUUCUGCAGGGGCUCGCAGCCUUAGGUGGUGACUACGAGCGCUACGGCCAACACAAUGUCGCACUUACUGGGACACACUCCCAUUCCGGUCCUGGGGCUUGGAUGAAUUAUCUUCUCCCUCAGAUCCCCACCAAAGGCUUCGACAAACAGAGUUACCAGGCCAUUGUAGAUGGCACGGUUUUGUCUAUCAAACGGGCCCACGAAAAACUAACCCCCGGACGUCUUUCUUUCGGCUCUAUUGACCUCGAGGAUACCAAUAUAAACCGCAGUCCAUAUUCGUACGACCACAACCCUGAAGAGGAAAAGGCACGAUACUCGGCGAAAGUUGACAAGACACUGACCCUCCUUCGCUUUGACCGGGAAUCGGACAACAAAACUGCCGCAGUCUUGACCUGGUUCCCUGUUCACGGGACUUCCAUGUACAACAAUAACACUAUCGUGACAGGUGAUAACAAAGGCGUCGCCGCGUACCUGUUUGAGCGGAGUGUUGACGGAGAUUCCCGAUUCGCGGAUGAUGUUGUCAUUGGGUUUUCCCAGGCAAAUGUUGGCGAUACUAGUCCAAAUAUCCUUGGUGCUUGGUGUGAAGAUGGCUCUAACCAGGAAUGCUCAUAUGCGGACAGCACUUGUGGUGGCACUAAUGAGGAUUGCCAUGGUCGGGGCCCUUACUUCCGCGAAAAGGAUAAUGGUGCAAAGAGCUGCUUCGAGAUCGGAAAGCGCCAGUAUUCGGCAGCAAAGAAGCUCUACGGGCAAUUGGACUCGAAUCCAACCACUGUCACGGGCAGCUCAGAUGUCAGGUCUUUCCACGUUUUCCAUGAUAUGAAUGGGUAUACAUUCGAGUCUCCGUUCAACGGCAGCACUCUGAAGACAUGUCCCGCGGCACUUGGUUACUCUUUCGCUGCGGGGACAACAGAUGGACCAGGUGCAUUUGAUUUCACCCAAAAUGCAACCGGACCAGCCACGCAAAAUCCGCUGUGGAUGGUAGCUCGCGCAGCUAUCCACCAGCCAUCACAGGAACAGAGGGAGUGUCAGGGCGCCAAGGAUAUCCUGCUAGACGUCGGAACACUUACAGUGCCCUAUGCUUGGGCGGCAGAUAUCGUUGACAUCCAGGUUCUUCGUGUCGGGCAACUGUUCAUCAUAAUCUCAACCAGCGAGGCCACUACAAUGUCAGGAAGACGAUGGAAAGAGGCCAUCGCCAAGGGAGCAAAAGACGCACUUUCUGUGAAUAACCCCCUUGUCGUACUUGGCGCUCCAUCAAAUAGCUACGCGCACUACGUCACGACAGAGGAAGAAUACAACGUACAGCGAUACGAGGGGGCAUCCACUCUUUACGGGCCCAACGAGCUGGCGGCAUACAUCAACUUGACUCUCACAUACCUGCCCUACCUGGGCAGUGCAGCAAGCAGUUCCAGCCUCCCCGAUAUUCCCACAGGCCCCAGCCCUCCCAUCAACACGAACAACUCGCUAAGUUUCAUUACUGGAGUCGUCUAUGACGAACAUCCGAUAGGAAAGUCUUUCGGAGAAGUUACCUCAAACCCGGACAACAAAACCUACAGCCCAGGCGACACGGUCAGCACAACCUUUAUCGGUGCUAACCCUCGCAACAACCUUCGUCAGGAAUCUACCUAUGCGGCAGUGGAGCGCAAAGAUCCAAGCUCAGGUGACUGGAAAGUGGUGCGCAAUGAUCGUGACUGGAACUUGGUUUUCUCCUGGGAACGAACCAAUCUAGUGCUGGGGUAUAGCGACGUUACUAUUUCAUGGCAGAUCGAGGACGACUACUACAGCGUCGACGAUCCAAAUCCAGUGCAGAGUGGCACUUAUCGUAUGCAUUACUACGGUGAAUCGAAGAGUGCUCUUGGGAGAAUAUCGUCAUUUGAAGGUAUUGGAGGCACCUUUACGGUGUCGACAUGA